AGAGCGACAGGACUCAAGGAGGGAAGCGCGGAUUGCGCCGGCGCGUAGUCGGGGACGCCAGGCCGAGGCUUUUGCUAGGGAACCGACUGUUGUCGCCCCGCCCCCUCGGGGCUUUUUGUCCCGUUAACUGUCGGAGUGGCGGGGGCUCCAGCGCCGGGCGACAUGCCGGUGCGCUUCAAGGGUUUGAGUGAAUACCAGAGAAACUUUCUGUGGAAAAAGUCCUAUUUGUCAGAGUCCUGUAAUUCCUCAGUGGGGCAAAGGUAUCCUUGGGCUGGCCUUAGAUCAGAUCAAUUGGGAAUCACAAGAGAGCCAAGUUUUAUUUCAAAAAGAAGAGUUCCUUACCAUGAUCCACAGAUUUCAAAAUCUCUAAAGUGGAAUGGACCUAUCUCAGAGAACAAUGUGGUUGUAUCACAAGAGCCAGAAACGCCAGAAUCACAAGAGGCAGAACAAAGAGAUGAUGUUAAUCAAGAAAGAGUCCUUGCACUAGAGGCUUCCAGGGUUCCUAAGAGAACUAGACCUCACUCUGCAGAUUCCAGAGCUGAAGGGGCUACAGCUGUUGUGGAGAAUAAUGAGGAUGUAAUAGCAAACCAUACACCGGUUAAUGAAAAUGUGGAACUGGAACAUUGUACCAAGCUUCUUCCAGAAAAUGUAGAUAAUGGGUUGGAUAGAAUUCUUCGGAAGAAAGCUGGAUUGACUGUUGUUCCUUCACAUAAUGUCUUAAGAAAUUCUGAAUAUCAAAGAGAAUUUGUUUGGAAGACUCCUAAAGAAACUGCUCCAGUUUUUGCAGCCAGUCAGGUUUUCCACAAUAAAAGCAAAUUCGUUCCACAAUUCAAAGGUAAUUCAAUCAUCCAUGAAAGUGAAUACCAAAGAAAUUUCAAGGGUUUAUUUCCAGUGAGAGAACCAAAAUUACGAAAUGAUUUGAAAGAGAAUGGAAACUUUGAAACAGUAUCUCCUGAAAAAAAGUGUAAUAAAACAGAUGAUUCUUUAAAAUUAGAAGCAGAGAUGGAAUUAAAAGACUCAAACCAGCCUAAAAAAAAACUUACUCCUUGGAGACAUCAAAGACUUGGGAAGGUGAAUUCUGAAUAUAGAGCAAAAUUCCUGAGUCCAGCCCAGUAUUUAUAUAAAGCUGGGGCUUGGACACAUGUGAAGGAAAACAUACCAAAUCAGGAUUCUCUAAAUGCUGUGUGGUAUGCGGAGGUUAAAGAACUCCGAGAGAAAGCUGAGUUUUAUAGGAAACGUGUUCUGGGAACACAUUUUUCUCGAGACCAUCUGAAUCAGAUUUUGUCUGAUAAGAACCGCUGUUGGGAUGUCUCCUCAACCACAAGCUCAGAAGGAACCAUUAGUAGCAACAUUAGAGCACUAGAUCUUGCUGGAGAUCCUACAACCCAUAAGGCUUUGCAGAAAGGCUCUUCUACAAAGCUAGAAGAAAAAAGUCCUGUCUUGGAAGAACAGCCCCAAAAAAAUACCAUGGAGAAGUUGGGUGUGACAGAUGCUCCCACCUUACCUGUUAGAAGGCGUCUGGCUUGGGAUGCAGAAAAUAGUGAAGUCAAUGAAGAUGUACAGAAACAGCCAAGAGAAGAGGAAGAAGAAGGGGAGAAAAGGGUUGAGCAGGUUUCUAUGGGAGAACCAGAGAAGUUGGAAGUACCUGAGAAGUCGAAGGAAGACAAGAUAAAAGAAGGGUCAGAGUCUUCUUCCGUAUCCUCAGGAAAAGGAGGUAGGCUUCCUACUCCUAAGCUGAGAGAACUUGGUGGAAUCCAAAGGACUCAUCAUGAUCUUACCACUCCAGCUGUUGGAGGUGCUGUUUUAGUGUCUCCAUCUAAAGUGAAACCUCCAGUUCUAGAACAGAGGAAAACAGUGGCCUCUCAGGACUGCUUAGAAACGCCAAAGAAUGAUUUUAGAAAGAAAGAUAGUCGUGUUAUGUCUAUCCUGACUUCUCCAACCGCUGGCAUAAAAACAAUUGAUCCCCUGCCUUUGCGGGAAGAUUCUGAAACCAAUAUCCCCAAAUUUGGUGAGGCACCUCUUCCAGUUUCAAAAACCUUACAAUAUCCAACAAACACACCUCAGCAGUCUCCUUCUCCACCAUAUACUUCAUUCCACUGGAAUCCCACCCGUCGAAUUCAGGGCUCCCUCAGAGAUCCAGAAUUUCAGCAUAAUGUGGGAAAAGCAAGGAUGAAAAACCUCCAGUUACCUCAGCAUGAAGCCUUUAAUGAUGAAGAUGAGGACAGAUUAUCUGAAAUUUCUGCUCGCUCUGCAGCUUCUAGUCUUCGGGCUUUUCAAACUCUGGCACGAGCUCAGAAAAGGAAGGAGAGUUUCUGGGGUAAAACAUAAUUAAAUAUAUAUCUAGUUGAGUUGUAUUUAUCUAGGGAACCAUCAUUAGCAUAGUUUUUCUUUGUUGCUUUCCUAUGGUAAGAUUUUUCAUGUUUUUCCCCUAACAUUUCCUACUAAAAAAAAAUUGAUUAAAAAAAAAAAAAAGAAUUGAUUGAGAAAAAAGAAUUGGUUUUUCAAUAGACAAUUCAAUUUACUUGGAAAAUUUUAACAGUUUCAUACGAAUUUAACUUUUAAAGAAUUGUUUUUAUAUCUGUCUAUAAGCAUAGAUUAUAUAACAGUUCUUUACAUGUUCUAACUUUUUGUAUUAGGCAUCAGGGAUAGCUGAUAAAGUUUUAAAUGUCACAUAUUCAGAGAAUAUUCCAAAAAGUGAACAAAGUCAAGUAAAAAUGGAGAUCCAGGUAUGAAGUAUAUAUUCCCCUAAAAAGUAUAUGUAUCUUUAUAAUUAUCAAUGUCAUAAAAUGAAAUUUUUCUUUCUUUAACUUUUACUGUAGUCUUUUUAUUUUAGUACCUUCUGUAUGUGGUUGCAGUGUUAAGAUAAUUGUACUUUAGAUUGAAAAUACCAGCUGUAUAUAUUUUUCUUAUUUAUAUAACAAAAUUUGUUGGGAGACUGUAUAUUUUGCUCUUUGUGUGUAUUGUUUGUAUAAAGACUUUGGCUUAUAUUUGAAUAAUGUCCAGAUUUUGAAAAAUUUGUAUAAUGGAGAUUUGAAACUUUGUAGAUAUUUUGAAAUAAAAAUUGAUCAA